UAGUAUUAUUUCUCGCCACAAAUCGCAAUUAAUUUCACUCCUUUUCCGCUCAACAAAUAAAUAAAUCCGAGUUUUCAAUGCUACGAAACCCUACACUCGCCUUCAAACCGUCGGUUCAGUUCCGAAGCCGUAAUAUGUCCGUGCGAGCCGAGGUGGCUGUGGCAGUGGCUGUGCCGGACCGGCGGAGCCUCUACGAGGUCCUCCGCGUCAAGAGGAACGCGUCGCAGGUGGAGAUCAAGACGGCGUACCGCACGCUCGCCAAGCUCCACCAUCCCGACGCGAGGGCGCGAUUUAUGAAUUCCUCGAUCGCAACGUCCGCGGACGGCGGAGACUUCAUCGAGAUCCACAACGCCUAUGCCACGCUGUCGGAUCCCAAUGCUAGAGCGGAGUACGAUCUGAAUUUGACUGUUGAUCCGCGAGGCCCCGGCGUGUCUGGUUGCCGGAGAUUUUACCAGACGCGUCGAUGGGAGACGGAUCAGUGCUGGUAAUCGCUUCAGGAAGUGUGACGUAAAUUCUUCGCGAUCCUUUUGAUUUUUCCGAUUUUAGAAGGCGGAAAUUAUAGGAAUAUUCUUUUCUUCUUUUUUUUUAGCUUCGUUGUUUGGGAUUCUUAACAAUGUAAUUCCGAGAAUUAUAAUUGAGAAUUUGUUGUGAUGGAA